AUGUGGAGUUAUUUGCAGGAUUUUGUUGAGGACCAAUUUGGCCUCGGGUUGAUUGCUCGUGCAGUUGAAGAAGGGAUAGCUAUCAUAAAUCCUAUGGGUAUUAUGAUAUUCAACAUGGGAGGCCGACCAGGUCAAGGUGUUUGUGAACGCGUACUUCUACGCCGUGGAUUACGCAUCAAUAAGCUCUGGCAAACAAACAUUAUGCAGGUUUCUGAUGCGGAUAUUUCAGCUUUAGUUGAAAUUGAGAAAAUUUACCCACAUCAUUUUGAGUUCUUCAUGGAUCUUCAUGGGGAUCAACCUGUCUCUGCACGCACUGCCUUGGCAUACAUGAAAUCUGGUGGCCGUGUUUCACAUGCUUUCUCCGUGUAUAGCUGUCAACUUCGCCAACCUAACCAGGUGAAGAAACUAUUUGAGAGUAUUAAAAAUGGACUUCAUGAAGUCGGCAGCUCGCUCAAUUUAUCUUUUGAUGAUGAUUCUGUUGCCGAUGAAAAGAUUCCCUUCCUAGUAUACCUAGCUCAGUUUUUGAAGGAUGAUAGGCCCAAUCCUUGUGAGCCUCCAGCUGGAUGUUUAAACUUUCGGAAUAUUGUCGCUGAAUUUAUGAAGAGCUACCACCACAUCCCAUUAACUCCUGAAAAUGUUGUUGUAUUCCCUUCCUGCGAUGUGGCAAUAGAAAAUUACCUUCGACUGUUCUCACCAUCACUUGCGAUUGUCGAUGAACAUCUGACCAGACACUUGCCCAAGCAAUUGUUGACAUCUUCAGCAAUCGAGGGGAGGGCAGAUUGUAACCGUGCUGAAGACACAGUCACUGUAAUUGAAGCACCAUGCCGGUCAGAUUUGCUGAUUGAAUUGGUCAGGAAGCUGAAGCCUCAGGUUGUUGUUACUGGCAUAGCUCAUUUUGAGGUUGUCACCAGUGCAGCUUUUGUGAACUUACUAAGCGCAACACAAGAUGUUGGUUCUGGCUUAUUGCUAGACAUUUCAGAGCAUCUGGAGCUAUCUAAUUUGCCAAACUCUAAUGGUGUGCUGAAAUAUCUUGCUGGAAACACCCUACCUUCGCAUGCAGCUAUACUGUGUGGUCUAGUAAAAAAUCAGGUUUAUUCUGAUCUGGAAGUUGCUUUUGCUAUUUCCGAGGACGCAGCUGUAUGUAAGGCAUUGUCACAAACUAUUGAGAUAUUGGAAGGACAUACUUCUGUGAUUAGCCAGCACUAUUAUGGAUGUCUUCUCCAUGAGCUGCUGGCGUUUCAAAUUGGAGACCACCAUGCACAACAAGAGAGGCAACCUGCAGAAGUGACACCUCAGAAGAUAAUAGGAUUUUCUAAUUCAGCUCUGACUACCCUAGAAGAAGCUGAAUUUUUUGUUCCCGAGUCAAAGGAUUGUAGUGUCAUUCAUAUGGAUUUAGACCGCAGUUUCUUGUCAGUACCUUCUGCAGUGAGCGCCUCCAUUUUUGAAAGUUUUGUGAGGCAGAACAUCACGGAUUCUGAAGCUGAUGUCCGUUCUAGCAUUGAAAAGCUGGCGGGAAAUAACUAUGGUUUACCAGGAGACGAUUGUCCUGAUAUUGCAGAGUCCGCCUACCGUAAGGAAAUUGUAUAUGGCAGCAGCUGUCUCGCACUCUUUAACAAGCUUAUCAUUUGCUGUGUGCAAGAACAAGGCACCUUCUUUUUCCCCAUGGGCACAAAUGGACACUAUGUCGCAGCAGCGAAGUUUAUGAACGCAAAAACCUUGACAAUUCCAACAAAUGUAGAGUCAGGCUUCAAGAUUGAACCGAUAGCUCUAGAUGCAGCUCUAGAGGAUGCCAUUGAGAACAAUAAUGUAUUCCGUCCAUGGGUGUAUAUUUCUGGCCCUACAAUCAACCCUUCUGGUUUCCUUUAUAGUGACAACGAGAUAAAAGAUCUGGUCUCUGUUUGUGCUCAUCGUUCAGCUCGGGUCGUAAUAGAUACCUCCUUUUCCGGUCUUGAGUUUCAAACCGAUGGCUGGAGUCGGUGGAAUUUGAGUACAUUAUCUUAUGACAUUUGCUUAUGUUCCACACUAACUUAUUUCAUGCUUGGAGAGCUGUCUCUUCAGCUGACAGCGUCUGGCCUUGAUUUUGGGUUUCUGAUUUGUAGUAAGCCACCCAAUGUGGAACUUAGUUUCGGAAGCUUGAGUCAGCCACAUAAGACACUGAAGUAUGCUUUUAGAAAACUGUUGGGUCUUAAAAACGAGUGCGAUGAACACUUCUCUAGUCCCUUCUAUAGUCUCAUCAUGGAGCAACAGGACAAAGGUCAGGAAUGGUUCGAACAAGUUCAAAAAGCUGAUAAGGGGAAACUCUCUAAUAUCAUCAUGGAGCAAAGGGAGAAACUCAAGAAACGUGCCAACAAGUUAAGGAAGACACUUGAGAGCUGUGGGUGGGAUGUUGUCGGCGGCGAUGGAGGUAUCUCGAUGCUGGCGAAACCGACGGCCUACAUUAGCAGAUCAUUCAAGAUAGACGGUUUUGAAGGCAAACUCGACGGCUGCAACAUUAGGGAAGCCGUUCUUAGAUCCACUGGUCUUUGCAUAAGCAGUAGCAAAUGGACCGGGAUACCAGACUACUGCCGGUUCAGCUUUGCUCUGGAGACCAGUGAAUUCGAGCGGGCAAUGGACUGCAUAAUCCGGUUCAGAGAGUUGGUUCUGGGAGAGGAACAAGGCUCGAUCUGA